ACAGCCAUGAUGAGGGGAAUGGAGUUAGUCGAUAUAUUUCUAUUCGUGAUCAGUCUGAAUGGGAUUUUAUUGUCGCCCAAGUCGAUGUUUUCUCUGCAUUUCCAAGAGGAAUUCAGCAUUCAAGAUAUUAUCCGGUUUGUACAGAGCGAUCAAAGUUGUGAAUUUUUUCUACAGGAAAUCCCAUCACUAAUUCGACAAGACAACUUGACAUCUCAUCAAAAUGGGGAGACUUGCACACUUCUCACUUCGUUCGACAAUUCGUCAUCAAAUGAAACGAUCCGGCUUAGCGGUAUUGUUGUGAGGCUCUAUGCAAAUGUCAAGAAAUAUGAAUUUUCUAUGAUGCCUAACCAAUGCAAAGGAAACAGUUCAUUCAACGAAAUUCAGAUUCAUGUCUCAUGUCAACCUACAAAAGCACAUAACGUAAACAUAUGCGAUGAUGGAAGAGGUUGCAACACUGAAAGAGAAUUCUGCAGAAAGCUAUUUGAGGAUGAAAAUGAAAAAGAACUUUGUAUUGUUGGAAUGUCUUUGAACGAAUCAUGCUCUCACGACCGUCAGUGCACUGGUACUGCAAACGCUGGGAGGUGUCUACAGAACAAUCAGAGUCCAGGUGGUGGUGUUUGUUCCUGCGACCCAGGAUUCUUUCAAGAGGGUUCGAAUUGUUUACAAGGAAGUGUCGUAUUGUCAUUUUGGUGGGGGCCAAGUCAGAAGAAUCAGUGUAUGUUCGAUGCUCAUGUUGCCUCAAAGGAUAUGAUAGGGUGUGGUUCAUUUGACCGGAAAGAAUUUCUAUCAGGACAGCAGAUCACAUUAUAUUUUAGUUGUCUCUAUGCCAUUGAGAAGACGAUUAGCCAUGAUGACUAUAUAUGCGCAAAAUUAGAAAAUGAAAAAGAUUGCAUGUGUGUGCUUAUCUUGUCUAUGUUGUAAUAUAUGAUUCUAAAAUAAAGGUAUACCAUUCA